GCAACGUUCUCCGGGAGCGUAGGUCUAGUGUGACGUCACGGUAGCCUAGUUGGGUUAGGUUUUACGCUGGAAAUUCUAACGAAAAAUUUUUUGUUUGACGAUUAAUGUUUUUCCCAUUGUAUCUGCUACAUCGAGCGACGUGAAGAGCUAACGCAGUGGCGAGCAGUAAUCAUAUUUCAUAAAUCGUUCGAUCGCGAGACUUCGCGCUAUCGGCGUAUAUGAGAUUUUAAACGGAAAAUGAAUCGACAUGACGGGGUAAGUUGUGACGCCUGCUUAAAGGGGAAUUUUCGGGGUCGCAGAUAUAAGUGCCUCGUAUGCUACGAUUAUGAUUUGUGUGCCAACUGUUACGAAGGAGGUGCCAGUACUACACGUCACCACAGUGAUCAUCCUAUGCAGUGUAUACUUACUAGAUCUGAGUUCGAAUUAUAUUAUGGUGGAGAGGCAGUAAGUGUAGAACAGCCACAAUCUUUAACUUGUCCUUACUGUACAAGAAUGGGUUUUACUGAAGCUACACUACAAGAACAUGUUGCUGCAGAUCAUUCAGAUACUUCAUUUGAAGUUGUUUGUCCAGUGUGUGCAUCUAUUCCAGGAGGGGAUCCUAAUAACGUGACUGAUGAUUUUGCGGGUCAUUUAAGUUUGGAACAUCGUAGUGGACCAAGAGAUUUGAUCUCUUUUCUAGAUGAACCAGCUUCAAGUAGAUAUACUGGUAGACGGAUAACACAUUCAUCUAGAGUUGUUGGUGGGCCACGGCCUCGCAGGUCCAAUAUGCAUUUCAGUUCGUCUGGAGGAUUGAGUCCGAGUAGUCGAGAAGGUAUAGAUCCAAUUACAGAAUUACUUUCUCAAUUAUCCGGUGUUCGUAGAAGUGGUGGAGGAACUGGUCAGAGUUCGUCAGCACCAACGCAAUUACAUCAAUUGCAAAUGCAGCUACAGUUAGAACGACAACAAGUUAGAGCUGCUAGACAACAAUUGGAGCGGUUACCUAGGAGGCAGACUCAAGUUCUUGGUUCUGCAAGUUGUGGAGGAAUUAUUAGUGGAAGUGGUCAUUCUACUACUAUGACCAAUGUGGUAGCAAAUAGUACGACUAGUAACAAUAAUACAAAUAAUGUGGCGAACCCGUCCGGCGUAUCAUCUACCAGUUCACAAAACUAUAUGUUUCUAUUGCCAAAAUGUAUUACCAGUUCUCUCUCUGACUCACAGUUGCAAAAUAUUGAACGUGAAAGUGCAAAUAGAAGUCUUUUUACGUGCGAACUUAUUCUUGGAACGCUUUGUCAAACAUUGCCGGAAUUAACACAGGAACAAUCUGUAGCACAAACACCAGUAUCAAGUGCAACUACUGCUACAAACAGUCCCGAAACACCAAAUGCUAAUUCUUCCACAAUUUCUACAAAGAAAUUAAAUGUAACUCAAGAAGCGAAAAGGGAUCAAACAAUGAAUAAACAUGUAACGCAGACAUCUACGCAACAAUCACAUACUGUUCAGACUACUGCUGGUAGUGUAGGGACAGGUCUUCAAAGUCAAGGAUUGCCUCCAAAUUCUAAUAACCUUGCAUUACAAAAUACACCUAUGGUUCAAACACUGAUGCAUAGUGUAUUACCUGAAUCAUUGGUAUUGCAGGAACCACUAUCACUACCAUAUAGUAGAACUAUCAGAGAACCGAUAGUAACUCCAGCGCCAGCGUACCUUAGAGGUGGAGUUGGUCCAGUUGGCGUAACAGGUCCUUCACGUAGGAAGCCGGUUAGAGCUGUAGAUGGCAGAAACCAAUCUACGGAACCUCCGCCCCCACACUAACCCUUCCUUAGCCCGUACCCAUCCACCCUGAUUCCUCACAGGACCCUCUAGCACUAGUCCUAGCACUGUUUAGAACACCUCAUCAUUAUUGUUAUUAUUAUAAUAUUAUAUAUUAAUAAUUAUUCAAAUGCCCUCCUCCUCACCCUCCCUAUCUUAUCACUUCUCAAAACUCUAAUCUCGCCAUCUUUUGUCGUUAUGUGACAUGGAACAAGGGCAAGGGCUGAUUCGCCGACAUAUGCAAAUAAUGUAAAUAACUCACUUCUUGCAGUCAUAUACACUCCUCGCCAGAGGUUGAAAAUGGUUAUAAUAUGAGUUCGGAUUCUCGAAACAGUUGUAAGAACCGACAUAAUGUAACAGUUGUAGGUGAAGAAAGUUCUGAGGGUGCAGGACCUAUAUCGGUUAUGGAUACAUUUCUGGAAUUUGUUAUGUUUUAUAAAUCAGUUAUGUAUCAAUUCUGUACGUUUCUAAAAAUACAUUAAUUAUAUAUCAAUUUUGAAUUGAUUGAA